CGUCUCGCGAGAGAUUCGUGCUUGACGACGGUAAUACUUUUCAAUAUGGCCAAAUUCCAUCAAAAUGGAAUUAACUUUGGGAAAUGUAGAAGACGACAAAAAAUUUGCAUUCCUUCUCGGUAGUGCCUUACGUAACGAAGACACCGAACAAGUUUUAGCUAUAUAUGACGACCUUAUUCCGAGGCUUAUCAGUGAGACUAGGCUUAAGAAAAUUAAGGAAGGUGCAAGGCAAAUAUCAGAACUUCCAGAGCAUGAGUUCAACACAUUAGCAAUCGACGCAAGACAAUUUAGCCUGGCCCCUGGCCGUUCCAGCAUGAGUCAAGCCAACUGGAGUUCUGCGACUCCUAGUAUAAAUCAAGAUGUUAAUGAUGAUAAGGUUGGCUUAGCAACUCCUGAUGUUUAUAACUCUUCUAAAAAACAUAAGUCAUAUCAAGAUGAAGACUCUGGUUUAGACUCAUAUAAACAUUCUGAAAGUUUUGGUUUAGAUACUAAUGACACUGAAGAAGAAUGCUGCUUACUUGAGAAUGUGAACAUUCACUGUAAAGCUGAAUUGGUGAGGAUUACCCCCACUUUUAACCCACCUUAUGAUGAAGAGGUUAAAAUAGACUCAAGUACUGGAGGUUCCUCUAUUGAGUCCCCAAGAAGCGAAACUUCUGCAACGCAUGAUGAGUACAGUCUUAUGGAGGAAGGGACAGAAAUGGAUACUUUGUCUUACAAAGAAACUCCCCUCAGACAGCAUUCUUAUGCUUGCUUCGACUACAUACCCACUAGAGCCACUGCCAGGAAAGAUGAUGAUGAUAUCGAAAAUCAUGAUUUAAGAUUUCUCAAUCAAGGGUAUAAGAAAGCACCAACUGAUGUGGACAAAUGCAUAAAUCUAGGUUUAAACUAUGGCAUGAAUGACAAGAAAGAUGACACUAAAGCCUUUUUAAAGUUUCAACAUCAUGAUGAAAAGAGAAAAUGGAGCAGUUCAGAUGGGCAUGAUCCUCUUUUGGAUGUUAACGGCAAUCCAAAAAUAAAAGAUGGCUUUGACUAUGCCCAGAUGAGAAAGCGUCCAGAGAAUGGCAGUAGUGUCAUACUCGCCCAUGGGCCCAAUCACUGUAUUAACUCAAGUGGGGAGAGUGGGACUAGCAGAAAACGCAGAAGUCAUAAAAAAAAAGAAGAAACAAUCAAAGCAGAGGACUGUGAAAAUUAUAAAGGCAGAUUGCCAAUCAAUGAUCUCAUAGUCUACAUAACAGGGAAGAGAGUAGCAGUCGAUGCUAAUGGUGCUGGAGAUUUCAUAUCCAAAUCAGAAAAGACUAAGAAAAGAUUAGAAAAAAGCAAGAAAGACAAAUCCAGUGUGUGCAGUAAGGAAAAAAAGAAAGUGGAAGCUUCUGGCAGUUUUAGCUAUAAUGGAACACAUGAAAUACUUGAUUCAUUAUCCACAACUGUAACACUGAGCAUUCCUUUAGAAUCGAAAGAAAAGUGUUCAGUUAGUCUCAGCCCAGAGUCCAUGCAAAAAAUGUCUUCUGAACUUCCAUUAAGACAUCUUCACAAAAACACUGAGCCUGCUCCAAAUUUAAUGGAUUUUUCCACCAAAGUGAUUAGCAAACAAAACUCACCUGGCAAAGGAUCUAAUGAUAUCAAUGACUCUUCUGAAACUUUAAACAGAUCAGAGGUUGUUGAAGCUGUAACUAAUGCAGACAUUGAUGAUACUUAUUAUGGAGCAUGUGAUAUUAAUUUAGCCUCAAAUCUCAAUCAGGUCAAUUCACUGGAAUUAACUUCAGAUAUAAAGACAGAGGAAUCAUUUACUGAGGUAAAAAAGAAGAAUAAAAGAGCAGGCUUCAUCAGAAUAUCCUCUGCCAGUUCAAUGACUGCUUCCUCUGUGAAAUCAUAUUUCAAUGGGUCUUUCUAUCACAACAAUAAUAAACAUAGACACAAUGCUCCUCAAGUAACAUCAAAUUCAGCCAUGCAUUCUCUUGUUGUUUGCAACCAUAGUCAUUCCCCGAGAGACCUUAGUCCAUCCUCCUUUCCAGCCUUGGCAGGUACACCUCCUAGAAUAGAUGUUAGACGCAACUCUUGUGAUGGUAUCAACACAGUUGCCUUGGAUACUAAAAAUGACAGCGACAGAGAGUCAGUCAAAUCUCUCCCAGUAACUCACUGCGCUCGAGCAGUGGGUGAGAUGUCUCCUAUUUACAUGGUCUCAUACGCUACUAUGGUGGCUGCGCCACCAAGAUGUGAUAAUGGGAAUAGUUCUGAGUCAAGUGUGGUUAGUGCUUCCUUGUCAUCAGCCCACACAGCUUGUUUGACCCCUGAGAAGAAGACUACUGUUUGGAAAGGGAGUCCUCGUGAAAGAAGACAUUCUAUUGGUUCUAGUCCUGAAGAUAAGACUGAAACAGACAGGCCAACUAUUACACAACGCAACCGUCAGAAAAGUGGCAGCCAGGAAUUGCUGUGCAGGGAAUCCAGUGCUGUGUUUAAAGGUUCCUCUAUCAAAGCAGUUAAUAAUCUCCAGUCACAUGUCAAGCAAGAAGAAAAUGUAGGCAUUGAAAAAUCGUAUGCAUUUAGUAAUAACAAUUUAGAAAGGGUACCUCUUUCAUCAACAAACAUUUCUAAUGAUUCAUUGUCAUCAGUUAGCCAGGAUACUCCAUUUUCAAUAGCUGCAACCAAGAUUCCUCAAACUUUUGAUGAGAGGUUCCACUCUGAUAAUGGAAUGACUAGCAAUGAAGUUAAGUCUGAGGCUGUUCCUAAUAUUGACACUAAAUGCCAGUGGCAAGUAUCAACUCCUAAUAGUAAUACCAAUACUUCUAUUCUGGAGAGCGCCAAAAAAAGCAAUACCAACAAUCACAAAUCAGUUGUGUUUCUGGACAAACGAUACAGUACCUUCCCUUCCAAAAACCUUGGAAUAACAUUUGGUUUUGACUCAAGCUUUGAGUCCAUUUCGGAUUCCACUAGUCAAGCUGUCAAGCAGCUGUCACAAAACACAAAGGCAUCCCAAACCAAACCUACAAGUGCUUCAAUGCCAGUUGAUUCCAACAUUCCUCCUGACAGUGGUGCUUCUCUUGCAUCAGGCUUACACGUUUCUUCCUCUAGUGAUAAUUCCCAAAACUUAAAAGCUAGGCUUGUACAAAGUCAUUGUAAUGGGCUUAUAGUUCCUACUGGUGAUUUAAAAGAGGAGACAUUGGGUCAAACAGCUUUGGAUAAUAGAACUAAGUCAUGUGGUGUAGUUGUUCAAGAAACUUCAAGUAGUCAGCCUUUAAUAGUAAAAUCAAAUUCCUCUGCUUCCUCUGAUACAUCUUUAGCAUAUUUAACCAAUUUUGUGUCCUGUAGUCAUUCUAGUUCCACUAGUUCAGCAGUGAUGUUUUCACCCAAUCUCCCGCCUCCAUCCUACUCCAGCCCGCUGACAGCGCCUACCUCGUUCAUUAAUCAGGCAAAUCCAGUCAGCAGUGACCAUUCAACAGAAUCAUCAGACACAUCAGUCCUGCAAGAAGUGGAUUUUAUACAUUCGUGUAUUCCUGUUGUGUAUGGUUUAAAAAUUCAGCCCAAUAAAGGCUGUGGAACAGUGUUGUUCAUCCCUCCUAAUGUCCAGAUAAGUGCUAGCUCGUCAGCUGUUUGCAGUUUUCUAAAAAAACAAUGGACAGAAGUCAAUAAAAAUAAAAAUACAGAUGCAGGAUCAUUUGUUACCUGUGAAGAUGAAGAUUGAGAUGAAGACAUUAGAACAACAUUGUGACACUUUAGCUCCUUUUUUUUUCCCCUCAUUAACUUUGAUUCUGUGCUAGUAUUCAUUGAAUUGAAUAUUUGUUUGAUUGUAAAAAAAAAACAAAAAAAAAAAAAAAAACGAAGUACAGAAACCCUUUUUAUGUUUUUGUCAAAGAUGAUUGUAAAUUGAAAAUGAAUGCAAUUGUUCAAUACAAAAUAGAUGGUGAUAAGUGGAAACAUGAUGUUCCAAAGUAUGCACUGGUGUGAUGAUAGGAGGAUACAAUGUGUGUGCCUUGAAAAAAGAAUUUUUUUUUUUUUUUUUCAACAGACUGUUCAGAAUAAGAAAGGUUUUUGACACUAUGGAAAAGUUUUUUUUGUUCUUACAUCUAGAUGAGAGAUGAAUUUGUUUGUUCACGAAUGUUAUUUUUCAACUGGCAAGUAAAUCUAAAAUCUCUUUUGAAAGUCAGAAAAUGUUCUAAAUACAGUGAAACAAGUCAGACAAGUUUUUAAAAAUUUAAGAAUGACAAAGCAGAAGAUCGAAAGUGUACUAGAGUAAAGAAAAAACAGAAUGGUAGUCAUUUGAAACAUCUGAGUGGAACAUUUUACAGUAGUAAUUUUUUUUAUUUUUUUUUACUUUUGUUCUGUCUCAGAUUCUGUUUACUUCAUAAUUCAAAUAUUUUUUUCAUUCGAUCAAGCCAGUGUAUAUUGUAUUUAAUAUUAUUUUUUUGUUUAAUGUAUGCAAUACUAGUAAUAGCAAAACAUAUUUGUUUUUUAAAUUUCAAGUAACAAAUUAGACAAUAACACAUUAGAUUACCAUCAUCCGUCCAACUGAAACUUAUAGUGACGUGGGGUAGGGUGACUUAAAACUAUGGAAACAUUUUCUUUGCUUUUUUUUUUGGAAAAUAUACAAGCAGAGUUCAUUGUGUUUAUAGGUGUAACUUUACACAGCUCAGGGGGGGGGGGGCACUUAUUUCAUGGGUAACUCCUCACCUCUGACUAUCAUGGGAGAAAACAUGCCCUGAAAUAAAUAAGCACUGCCUUUUCUUGUUCUCAUUUUUUUUUUUUAUAUCUGACUCCACUAAAGACACUUUAUGUAUGGCAUACAUGCCUUUUGGAAUUGUAUACAAAAAAUGUUUGAGAAACAAAUGACUUGUAAAAGAACAUUGCUGUGAUUGUGUUUAAAAACAUAAACUAGCACUUAAAUGUGUUAGUGCCACAUUGACUAGAUUGGAAGGAUGAUUAUAAAAAAAAUUUUUCCAUUUCAAACUGUAUAUGGUGAAGAAGUGACAACAUUUUAAAAAUGAGGCUAUAUGUUAAAUGCUACUAAGCUCUAGAGAUACACAAAUCAAAGUCUUUCGGUAGCUACAAGGUUUAAUAAUUUACUUGCUUUUCACAAGUAUUUCUCCAAAAUUCAAUGGAUAAGAAAAUGAGAGAGUAUCUGAAGAUAUUGAUAAUGCUCACUGAAAGGAUGAAAUAUUUAUGGUAAGUGCUGCCACAGUUGUCAGGAUGUUCUGAACUUUGAAUCCUGUCCACCACCAUAAUGAAGUAACCUUUAUUUCUGAAGAUGACCUGUAGAGACCCAUUUUCUUUUACAAGUCAGUUUUUCCUGCUGAACAAUAUAGUGACCCCCAUCAGUAAAAUGACUGGUGGCAGUUAGUAUGAAUACUGCCUUUCAGCAAUAUUCAGCAUUUUAUCUUAAUAUAUUUCAGUUUUCUCAGUUCAAAACAAAUUUAUUUCCCAGUUGAAAAACAUUUAAUUAUUGCAUUCUUGUAAACCAUAGUUAAUACUCUGAAGCCAAAUAAAUUUGUCCUUGUUUAAUUUUAUAAUUAAAUCAUUAAAAACAUGUUAAUUUUGUAUUUUAUGUUGCUUAAAUAUAAUUCUUUAUUUUUUCUUAAUAAAAAAUUUCAUUUCUGGCAAAAAAUGACACCUUAGAUUUCAAUAUUUUGUUUACAAGUCUUCACACUCUACAUGCUCUAGUCCUCAAGGCAAAUAUUGAUAUGCCCAGUUGAAGGUGCUUUUACACACUCCUAUGUGAUUAGUGUUGGUUAGGGCUAUUUAAGUAACAUUUGCUUUGUUUUUUUCUCUGUGUCAGACCUCAACGACGUUUUUUUUUUUCAUUUUUUUUAAAUGAUUUGUAAACAUUAUUUCUUAAUUUCAUUUUGUUUGUUUAUUGCAAACUUAAAAGUUUAUAAGAUGCAGAGCUUGAUUAUUCUGAAAUAUUUUUUUGCCAUAGUUGAAGAAAAAAAGAUUAUACUAUUUAUUUUUUUUUUAAGGUUGGCUCCAACUAUUGAUAAUGAGUAGUUUUGCUGGAGUAUAUAUAUAUAUAUAUAUUUUUUUUUUUAAUGAAUUGGUAAUAAAUGAAGAUGGAAAUUUACUUUAAAUUAUAACACAAUUGUUUAGAUAUUGGUGACUGUUAAGAUAACAGACUCAGAUGUGUCCCAUUGGAUACUUAUGUGCCUAUUAAAGGCUUGUUCCUUACCUUGAUUACCUUGCAACAAGGAAAAUAACCUGUAGUACUAGUUGUUUCUUAUAAUUAGGACAAAACCUACCAGAAGAUUGUGCAUCUUUUCCCUAUGCAUCACUUCAUGAUCUUGUUUUGGAGUUUGAUGCUCGAUAUGGUGAAACCUGGAAAUUUGAUAGUUUAUAAGCAUAGACACUAGAGUAAUGGUGUUUUAUUUUUAUAGUUCUUUCCUUGUGUAUGUUCUACAUGGUUGUAACUUUUCUUGAGCCCUCUUGUGCGGGCUUGCACUAUGUUACACUAGGGCAGAGAACUAAAGAGGGAUACAAUGUGCUUUGGAAUCUGACAUUAUACACGAACUAAGCGGAAAACAUUAUGGGAUGUGCACUAGUUCAAUUUUGUGUCAGCUUCAGACAAAUGUUGUUGAAUAUCUGGCUAAUUUGGAUAAUUUGGUCUUGUCACAAUUCUCAUGGGUUUUUUUGUCACUACAUGUUUGUAUAAUGCCAUCUUGUCUAGAAGAUAUUGAUAAAUAUUAAUAUAAGCAUAUAUAUAUAAAUUCUUUUUAUUUUGAUAGAUGAAAACAUUAAUUUAUGAUUUGAUUUGUUUAUUAUUUUGUAUAUUUUCAAUUUUGACUUGUAUUGAACAUGUUUGCAAGUGUCCAUUGCAUUUAUGAAUACAGAAUAGAAUUUCCCUUCAAGCUCUCCCUCCCCCUUUUGUUAUUAGCCUUCUUGUAUUUUCAUAAUAUGCCAUGUAGCAAGUUCAGUUAGCCUGAAGGUGAAGGAUGAUUUACACUAUGAAUACAUAUCUUUCAAAUGUAAAUUAGCAUUGUAGAAAUAGUACUGUACACACGCUUGUCUUGUUUGAUAUUGCCAUUUCUGAGGUCAUGAACGCAAGUGGUCUGAGUUUUGUUUCUUUUAAUUUCAAUUUGAAUAGCACAGAAGGGAAAGAAAGUUUAGUUUCAAUCCAAGAAUUUAAUCUUUAGGCCUGAUUGAAUAUUUGUAUUGAACACUAUAAUAAAGCAAUGCCGCAUUAGACAUUGUGUUAAGAAUAGAACAUUACCACCUGAAACUUUUGAACCAGCUUAUUGAAACUCUUUGAUAUGAUCAGGAAUGUUGGGGUCACUUUGAUGAGAGUAAGAGAAGCUUAUGUCUGUCAACUUGCCACAAAAUGUUUUGAAUGUUUCCUUCAGCUUGACCUCAUUUCCUUCUUCCCUUUUUGUUUUCAAUGGGUUUUUUUUUUUUUAUUUAUGAUAAAAAUGCAAUCAGCAGUAACUUUGCUUCUCAAUAUAAGUUUUAGUGUGAAUAUAGAUAUAUUUAUUAUUAUUAUUUUGUAUUUAUUUUUUUUUGCAACAUCUUUUUUUUUUAAAUAAAAGCCAAUAUGAAGUCUGCAUUGCAAGUUUUUUUUAAAGUGUGUAUACAUUAUUAUUAAAUGUGGAUUUAAAGAAGGUUUGGAUCCCUGCCAUCAUUCAUAAAAUAGAUUUUGUUGAAAAAGAAUAAUUUGAAAGAUAAUUAAUAACCCAAAGGGAUAACAUACUAGCCAUCUUACUGGCCAAAAUUCAAACCUUAAAUGAAAAUUCCAUUUUAAAAAGCUUCUGAUUGUCAUAUAAAAGUUAAAAUAUGCUAAAUAAUGUCUGGCACUUGAAAAGACAUGGCUAAUUGAAUUUUUGCAAAGAUGUUCUCUUUCUUAUUCCUUUAAACAUCAACAAUUUUAAAUUUUUAAAAUGAAUACAGGGCAAUAGAACCUCACCCCCAUUUCCUUAUGUAGCCUUUGUGAGUGGCUAUUAGGUUUACUGUGCUCAGUGUGGCAUGAAAUCACUUCAAAUAGCUGAGAAUUAACACGUAGACCUCUAUUUGCCUAAGAAGGUGUUAAAAUAUGAAAUAGUGGUUCCAAAAUGGUCAUUGUUUGAGACUUAUUUAUUGAAAUUAAACAUAAGUAACAAGCAGCCUAUUAAGAAUGAAAGAUUUUGUUACAUAGCCACAUAGUCAUUUUACUUUUCUACUGUAAUAGUGAUUAAAUGGUGUAUAUAAAUGGCUCUUAGGUUGAUUUUCAUUGUAUGCAGACAUCUUACUGUUGAUGAUAUAUUAAUGUAUUGUUUAUUUGAAAGAAUUAAGCAGAAAAAAGUUCAAGGUAUCACUGCAUAGACAGCUUUUUUUUUUCUUUUUGUUUUCAACUAUUUGUAUUUAUUUGUGUACAGCUCAUACUGCACCAAAUCAAUUAAUGUAGUUACUUUUGUGUUCUUUUUCAAGCAUGAAGAGACAUGAGAAUUAAUUGAAGACCUCAGUGCAAAAAGUCCAAAGUUUCUGAUUUUGAGGAAAAAAGCAUUAACCUCUGACCUAGAGUUGAAAUCACAUAUUUUUCAGUACAUUUUUUGUUGUUGUUCAGAUCACUAAAUCAUGGAGAAGAUAGUUUCUAUGUCUAAACUUCUAAUGGCAUGUGUGACAUGCUUUGUUUUGUUUAGGAAGGAUGAAUAUCUGUGCUUGAUUCACAUAGGUCUUCAAUUUUUAUCUUGUUUCAUUGGUCCUUUUUUUUUUUUUUUUUUUUUUUUUUUGUGACUUUUUGAAAGCAUUCAUUUUUAACACUUUUAAAAAAAUCAACAUUUUGGCUUAUAAAUAGAAGAAAAAGUCUAUUCUUUUGUAAUUAUAAAAUAAUCUUUUUUUUUGUGUGUUGAGAUUUUGAUAAAUGUGUGAAAAUCCUAAAAUAUAUUUGUCGUUAUGUUAAUUAAUUAUCUGUGCAAGUCUUUCCAUUAUUCAUUUGUGUUUAUAUUGACUUAUGGUUGAUUGAGAAGGCUUGUUUGCAUGUUCCUAUGGCCUAAAGAUUGUACAUUAAACAUUUUAAACUUUCAUAUUUAUUUCAUCUUAUUUUAUCAUUAGUCAAUAUUUUCUUUCUUUUUUUUUAAACAGUGUUUUUUUUAUUUACAGUUUAUACAAAAUCGCUAUAGAUAUUGAAACUAUUAAAUUUGAUCAAUAAAAAGAUGUGUAUUUAAUGAUCAAAUAUUAUCAUUGUUUCAGAAGAUAAAAGGAAGAUAGUAAAAUUUCAUGUGGGUACAUUAGAAAGAUGUAAAAGAAAAUCAUGUAAUAUUAUUUAUACUACUUAUCUAAAUUAGUUCAUAUACAUGUUAUGUAAUGGAUACUCUGUUAGAAGUUACCCUAACUUGUUUUAUUUAUAUUUAAAGCUAUUUUAUUAUUUUUUGUAUAAAAAGCGUUUUUUUUUUCACUCAGAUAUUAUACCUUUUUAAAUUUUGUACCAAAAAAAAAUUUUUUUUUAUACAAAGAAAUGUUUAUGUAAGUAACAGUGUAUCAUAAAAUGAAAUGCAAGAACACUGGCUUUGCCAGCUUGCAUGGGAUUUAUAUAUCCAUCAAGCGUUCCUUUACACCCUUCAAUAUUAUCUUGCUUUGCUAAGAGUAGAAAGAAGAUUUUCUUAACCACUAAUUGUACUGUAACUACUAAAGAACCUUUUACCUUUGCAACAAACUUAGUGAAAAGUGUUGUGCUAUAGAAAUGGAUUUUUUUUUUACCAAGCAAGCUUUGCCCUAGAGUACUUUACCUCCCAGUAAUAUUAUCUGGUUUUAGUUGGGGAAAAAAUACAAAAGUAAUAGUUGUUUUAUAGCUUAAUGUUAAAUUUCACAGCAUUUUUUUUUUUUUAGAUUAAAACUGUAUAUUGUGAUCCUAUUUUGUUAUUUUUCAUUGGGUAAUAAUAUAAUAAUAAUAUGUGAAAAGCCAAUACACAGACAUUUUAAAAAUAGAAUAAAUUGUUUUUAACUAUUGGUGUGUACAUCCAAAGUUUUUAACUUCGAUUCUUGAUUAGAUGAAUAAGGUUUCUGUUAAUGGUGUAACAUUUUUUCCUCACUCCUAGCUACAGCAAGCCAAAAAAAAAAAAGAAAAUUCUAUAUUGAUGAAGUGCCUUGAUGUAGUUAGGAGGCAUGAUAGUGACCUUGUUAGCUCAAUAAUGAGCUUGCUAUCAGCAGCAGAUCAAAGUGCUGUUUUUUUGUGUUUUUUUUUUAAUCAUAUGUUGCUGUUUUUUAAGACCAUGGUUUUGCGCAUUAUUUUUUUUUUAGUUUCUGUUUCAUUGCAUACCAUUUUUUUUUUGACCCAAUGUUUCUAUCAUCUUUCUAUUUAAAGUGUAUUGUCUGGCUAUUUAAACUUUCAAUAAGUGUUGCUUUUGCAUUGAACACGUGCCACAUGACCUGUGUUGUUUACAAGUUAUUCCCUCAACCAUUACCUUAAACAGAAUGACUCUAAUUUUAUUUUUUUUUGGUUUAUUUUGUGUGCAAUUGCAUCGGAAUGUAAUACUUAGUGAAUAUUAUUGGUUAGAAUAGCCUUUUUUUUUUUCUCAUUUCUGUUUAGUACUAUGCCAUCCCAAUCACCUUCUCUUUUGACUUAGGCAUUAUAUCUAUGAAUAAAAAAUGUGCUUUGUUCUCUUAUUUGAGAUGAAAGAUUUGAUGUGUAAUUUUAAGAAUGAUAUGUUUUGACAUCUAUGAAGUAUUUCUAUUUCCACUGCAUACAUUAAUUAGAUUUAUCAGUGAUUUGCUAAUGGAAAUAAUUCUGUUGUAUAUCAAAAAGGUUUUAUAACUAUUUGAAGCAUGCACCUAUAAAUCCUAGCAACUUGGCUGCUUUGCUUUACACUUUAUGCAAAGUGUUGAGUGUUUGCUAACUUGCUCUAUUUUAUACAUUUGGAUUUUAACAACUUGUGCAAAGUUUUAUAUCAUAUUUAUUUCCCUUAAGUUGAUGAAAAUGCCUGAGCAAUUGUUUCAUUGCAUUGUUCAUACUAAAUAACUAAUAAUUCAGUAUUUUGUUUCUCCUAAUAUGAUUUGACAUUUUCCAGAGAAUGUUUCUUUGUCAAUGUUGAGCAACAGGUUCAUCCAAUGUGAAUGUGUAUAUGCUUCAUCAUCACAGUAUUGAAUGGGAAUCUAUGUGAUGAAGAAAUGUGUGAAUUCUACUUGUAUUUAGAUGGUGCAUGUAAAACUGUAGCUCUGUGCUUGAAACUCAAAGAGCAUUACAGUUGAAAUAUACACACACACACAAAGAAGGGGAAAUAGGAAUCCCAUGUAGCUGGCUUUAUGGCCAACUGACUUAAUUAUCUUGAACUGAAAUGUCAGGUACCCUUGAGAGCUGGUUGGACAUGGGAAUGUCUUUUAAUCCUAAAUAGUUUUCUUCAAGUUUUUGAUACAUUUCUCAGGGCAUAUCUGCAGUAAAAAAGCUACAAGGCAUGCAAAAUCCAUUCUCGAGGGUUCUGUAUUGUAGUAACUGUAUUCAAUGAUAUGUACCACCAGGGUAUGCUUGUUGUUACUUUCACUUAUGUUUUAUUGAAGAGUGCAAGUGAUAUAUGUUGGACAUUACUAAACCAAUAUUUGUUUAUGACUUCAAAUUAUCCAUCUCCAUUAUCAAAUUGAGGGUUCCAUGAGUCAUGUGUGUUUUUUUUUCUUUUAUGAUGAAUAAGCUCUAUUGUAAUGCUUCAAAUUUAUUAUUUCUGAUUUUUUUUUUCUUUGAAGAUUUUGUAUAAAUAAAAAAUGGUUGAGAACUUAGUUGUUUUUUUUUUUUUUUGCUUACCUAUAAAAAAAAUGUGUGUGUGUGUGAAAAAAUAAAUACUUCAAGUGACUGAUUACUUUCAUGGAAUUUUUUGUUUCAAUGCUUGAGUUCUGAAGUGAACUGGUUGAUGAGCUUGCUCUAUGCCUUAUACACAUUCAUUUCAUGGUUUAUUCUAUUCUCAACAUUUCCUACCUGCUUUUUUUUUCUCAUAGAAAAACAGACUUCUUAUAUAUAUGAAAGAGUUGCUAUUCUAUUUUUAUUUAACUGCCUAGAAGAUAUGAAUGGAGGUUGUUGUUUUUUUUUUUCCAUUUCAAAAAUAAAUAUUUUGCUGCAAUAA